AUGGACAAGUUAAAGACCGGAUGGUUCAGCGAGCUCACGGACUUGUUGCCGGGCAGAAGUUUUUCUAUGGAAGUCGAACAAGUCCUGCACAAGGAACAGUCCGAAUUCCAGGAGAUAUUAGUAUUGAAAACAAAAUCGCACGGCGUCGUAUUGGUACUCGAUGGAAUGAUUCAGUGCACGGAAUAUGAUGAGUAUUCUUAUCAAGAAAUGAUUUCAUUUCUACCACUCUUCAGUCACCCAAAACCGCAAAGGGUGCUCAUCGUUGGAGGUGGUGAUGGAGGGGUAGCCAGGGAAGUAGUCAAACACCCAUUGGUCGAAAUCGUUGACCAAGUGGAAAUCGAUGAACGCGUAAUCGAAUUGUCGAAGAAAUAUUUACCGUUCAUGGCUCAAGGAUUCGACAGCCCCAAAGUCAACCUGCACGUAGCUGACGGUUUCAAAUUCAUGGAAGAACACUUUAAAUGCUACGACGUCAUCAUAACCGAUUCUUCUGAUCCCAUAGGUCCGGCUGCUUCACUAUUCCAAAAAUCUUACUUUGAACUAAUGAAACGAGCACUGCGUCCCGGUGGCAUCGUUUGUUCGCAGGCAGAUACUUUUUGGGGACAUUUGAAAAACGCGGCGGCAAUGCACAACCAUUGCAAAGCAGUAUUCGCCAAGGCGGCGUACGCGACGUCAUAUGUGUCCACCUAUCCGGCGGGUCAGAUCGGUUUCGCACUCGGCAGUCUUGACGAGAAUACAGACUUUUUAAAUCCGGUGCACCAAUUGACUAACCAACAGCGAAAGGACAUGAAGCUUCGUUACUACACUACUGACAUUCAUAAAGCGGCGUUUGCACUGCCGGCGUUUGUCAUCGACGCUCUCAACGACGACGACGACGACGAAAACAAUUUGUAA